AUGAGGCAGCCUCCUCCCAAUGUUGCUAUGAAUUUUGAUGGGCCAAAUUUUAAUGAUCCACAUGCUAAUGGUUAUCAUGCUCGUAACCAGGGUCUGCAUGGGAAUUUUCCACCACCUCCACCACCACUUGACAUAAGUGCUCAUGCUAAUGAUAAAAAAUACCGUAUGUUGGAAGAAAGAUUGAAGUCUGUAGAGGGACAAGGUGUUUUAUGGAUGGACAUUACUGACCCGGGACUGGUGCCAGGGGUAAGGGUUCCACCUAAGUUCAAGGUUCCUGUCUUAGACAAGUAUACUGGUACAACUUGUCCAAAGACGCAUGUCAGAGCUUAUUAUUGCAAGAUGUCUGCUUAUUUCGAAGAUGAGAGGUUGUUAAUGCAUUUUUUCCAAGAUAACCUAGCUGGGGCAUCUUUGGAAUGGUAUAUGCAUCUGGAAAGAACAUACAUCAGAAAUUGGAGGGACUUGGUAGAAGAAUUUGUGAAGCACUACCAAUACAAUAUUGACAUGGCACCAAAUCGGACCCAAUUACAAAGUCUAACUCAGGGACCAAAUGAAUCGUUCAAGGAAUACGCCCAGAAAUGGCGUGAACUAGCUGCUAGAGUUCAACAUCCAUUGAUGGAGAGAGAAAUGGUUGACAUGUUCAUGGGUACCUUACAAGGUCCCUACUAUGACAGAAUGAUGGGUAGUACUUCUAUUGGUUUUUCCGAGUUGGUAAUGGCUGGAGAGAGAAUUGAAGCUGGUCUCGAAAUGGGUAAAAUACAGUCAGCCAAUACUGGUAGUUCUGCAAGUGGAGUUACUAAGAAGUCGUUCAAUGGUAACCCUAAGAAGAAGGAGGGUGAAUCAAGCGCUGCUUAUACUCAAAGGGGCAAAGGUAGACAACAAUACAAACCGCAACAUCAACAACACUAUCAACAUCAACAUCACCAUCCACAUCAUCAACAACAAGUGAAUGUUAUGGUCAUUCCGAUCAUCGCAACUCCUCAGCAACAACAUCCAUAG